ACAUGUAAUAUUUGGUUUCGGCGCAGUGGUGUUUUAAAAUAAGUUGUUUAUUGUGUGGACACGGAGGGGGAGGGCAAGAGUCAAAAGACUCACAGGAAGGAAAACCUACCGAUCACUAAGACUGGCUUGUGCUUAAUAGCGUCUUUAACAUAUCUGCAUGUGACUGCUUUUUGCACUUUAAGUGAUUAAUGACCCAUCGGCCUUUGUGGUGAAAUUAUAAGUAGCGCAGGCGUGGACGAGAAAAGUGCGUGGUUGACGAGAGUUUAGCAUCAGCCGGCCUGCUGCGAGGCGAAGCCGGGAGCUGGAGUUUGGUACCGAAGACUCACCAGCAUGGCAGUAAGCCUGGACAAGGAGGCCUACUACCGACGGAUCAAACGGCUGUAUGGCAACUGGAAGAAAGGAGAAGAUGAGUUUGGCAAAGUGGAUGCCAUUGUGGUGUCAGUCGGAGUGGACGAGGAGAUUGUAUAUGCCAAAUCCACAGCCAUCCAGACCUGGCUCUUUGGUUACGAGUUGACGGACACCAUCAUGGUGUUCUGUGACACCAAAAUAAUUUUUCUUGCGAGCAAAAAGAAGGUGGAUUUCCUCAAACAGGUGGCUGUGACUAAAGGCAACGAGAAUGCAAACGGUGUCCCACCCAUCACUCUGCUCACCAGAGAAAAGAAUGAAAGCAACAAGGCCAACUUUAACAAGAUGAUCGAGGCAAUCGGAGGCAGCAGAGAAGGGAAAACUGUAGGGGUGUUCAGCAAGGACAAAUUCCCAGGGGAAUACAUGAAGAGCUGGAACGACGCCAUCACAGCAGCGGGCCUGGAAAAAGUGGACAUCAGUGCUGUGGUCGCAUACACGAUGGCUGUAAAGGAAGAUGGCGAGCUUGGCCUUAUGAAGAAAGCGGCGGCCAUCACCAGUGAGGUUUACUCAAAGUUCUUCAAGGAGCGUGUUAUGGAGAUUGUUGAUGCAGAUGAGAAAGUGCGUCACAGUAAAUUGGCUGAGUCGGUAGAGAAGGCAAUUGAGGAGAAGAAGUAUUUGGGUGGUGCAGACCCUUCCACGGUGGAGAUGUGUUAUCCCCCCAUCAUCCAGAGUGGAGGAAACUACAGCCUCAAGUUUAGCGUCGUCAGCGAUAAGAACCACAUGCACUUUGGUGCCAUCACUUGCGCCAUGGGGAUCCGAUACAAGUCUUACUGCUCCAACCUGGUGCGCACACUAAUGGUGGACCCCCCGCAGGAGAUGCAGGACAACUACAACUUCCUACUGCAAGUGGAGGAGGAGCUGCUGAAAGAGCUCAAACACGGUGUAAAAAUAUGUGAUGCAUAUAAUGCUGUGGUGGAGUUUGUGAAGAAAGAGAAGCCUGACCUUUUACCAAAGCUGACCAAAAACCUUGGGUUUGCCAUGGGAAUUGAGUUCAGAGAAGGCUCCUUGGUUUUGAACGCUAAAAACCAGUACAAACUGAAGAAAGGCAUGGUGUUGAGCAUCAGUUUGGGCUUUGCUGACCUUGUGAACAAAGACGGCAAGAAGGAAGAACAGAAAAAAUAUGCCUUGUUUAUUGGUGACACGAUACAGCUCAAUGAGGAAGAAGCUGCAACGGUACUCACACCCGUCAAGAAAAAGAUCAAAAAUGUGGGAAUUUUCCUGAAGAAUGACGAUGAGGACGAUGAAGAGGAAGAUGGUGAUGAUGCUGAGGAGCUGCUGGGUAAAGGAGCUCGUAGCGCCGCUCUACUGGCAGAUCGAACCAGACUACUUGGGAAGAAUGAGAUGACGGCAGAGGAGAAGAGGCGGGCUCACCAGAAGGAGCUAGCCAACAGUUUGAACGAGGAAGCGCGACGUCGUCUGACUGAGCAGAAAGGCGAGCAACAGACUCAGAAGGCCAGAAAAUCCAAUGUGUCCUACAAGAACGUGUCCCAGAUGCCCAGAGAAAAGGACAUCAGAGACAUGAAGAUCUUCAUUGACAAGAAGUACGAGACAGUCGUCAUGCCCGUCUUUGGCAUUGCCACACCUUUUCACAUCGCCACCAUCAAGAACAUCAGUAUGUCUGUAGAGGGAGACUACACCUACCUGAGGAUCAACUUCUACGUUCCCGGGAGCUCUCUGGGACGACAGGAAGGAAAUAUUUUCCCCAACCCUGAUGCCACAUUUGUCAAGGAAAUCACAUACCGAGCAUCCAAUCUGAAAGCGCCAGGCGACACGUCGGUGCCCUCCACCAACCUGCAGAACGCUUUUCGCAUCAUCAAAGAGGUCCAGAAACGCUACAAGACACGAGAGGCUGAGGAGAAGGAGAAGGAAGGAAUAGUCAAGCAAGACUCGCUGGUAAUCAACCUCAACCGCAGCAACCCCAAACUGAAAGACCUCUACAUCAGACCCAACAUCGCACAGAAGAGAAUGCAGGGCUCACUGGAGGCUCACACCAAUGGUUUCCGUUUCACAUCGGUCCGCGGUGAUAAAGUGGACAUUCUUUACAACAACAUCAAACACGCCAUCUUCCAGCCGUGUGACGGAGAGAUGAUCAUCGUACUGCACUUCCACCUCAAGAAUGCCAUCAUGUUUGGUAAAAGACGCCACACAGACGUCCAGUUCUACACGGAGGUCGGCGAGAUCACCACAGAUCUGGGCAAACAUCAACACAUGCACGACAGAGACGACCUGUACGCCGAGCAGAUGGAGAGAGAGAUGAGGCACAAGCUCAAGUCUGCGUUCAAGAACUUCAUCGAGAAGGUUGAGACGCUGACGAAAGAGGAGCUGGAGUUUGAAGUUCCCUUCAGGGACUUGGGUUUCCAGGGCGCCCCCUACAGGAGUACCUGCCUACUACAACCUACCUCCAGUUCCCUUGUUAAUGUUACAGAGUGGCCGCCGUUUGUGGUCACUCUCGAUGAGGUGGAGUUGGUCCACUUUGAACGAGUUCAGUUCCACCUGAAGAACUUUGACGUGGUCAUCGUCUACAAAGACUACAACAAGAAGGUCACCAUGGUCAACGCUGUGCCCGUUAACUCCCUCGACCCCAUUAAGGAGUGGCUCAACUCCUGUGACAUCAAGUACACAGAGGGAGUCCAGUCUCUGAACUGGACCAAGAUCAUGAAGACCAUUGUUGAUGACCCUGAGGGUUUCUUUGAACAGGGAGGCUGGUCCUUCUUGGACCCAGAGAGCGAGGGAAGUGGUGCAGAGCAAGAUUCUGAAUCAGAAAUGGAGGAUGAAACAUUCAAUCCCUCUGCAGAUGAAGAGGAGGAGGAGGAGGAAGACAGCGACGAAGACUACAGCUCAGAGACGGAGGACUCUGAUUACAGUGCGUCUCUGGGCAGCGAGGAGGAGAGCGGGAAAGACUGGGACGAGCUGGAGGAAGAAGCCAGGAAAGCUGACAAAGAGAGUCACUAUGAAGAUGAGGAAUCCUCCAACCGCAAGAGGAAGGGCCGCUCAGUAGCCCCGCCCAGCAAGAAGAAGCGCCGCUCCUAAACAAGUUACACACACACACACACACUGCCAAACUGAAUUGUGUCUGUGCCCCAGCGGACUCUUCAGUGGUCACGCUCGUGCUCUGAUCCUCCACGUGUACAUAGACGUAGACAGGCGUUUAUUUUUGUGUUGGUGUUGAGAUGGUCAGAACGUACCAGCAGACACUCGGUUAGGCUCCGCCUCUUCAUUCCUCCCCUUUCCGUUCUGUCCGCGUGUGCAUGUGUGUCCAAACGGGGUUUUUAUUGCAGUUUUCUGUUUGUGAACUUAACUGUAAACAAACUUGACAUAUCUUUUUGCCAAGAGUUUUUUUAUAAAAGACUGAGAAAUCUUUU